UAUAAUACGUACCCAUCCCUGCACACAACACACGGGGCACGUGUGUAAUUUCGAAGAUAAAAACAAUCUCCAAUUUUUUUUAAUUUUUCAUUAAAUAAAUUGUGAUAAAUAUCUUGAAAGUGGCAAAAAAAUAGUAAUUUAAAAAAUGGCCACUAACAUUGAUUAUGAAAGAUUGAGCAAAGAGUUUGUUCAACAUUAUUACAAUCAAUUUGAUGAUCCAGCUCAAAGACGGAAUUUAACGAACAUGUAUGAUCCAACUAACUCUCUCAUGACAUUCGAAGGUGCACAGAUUCAGGGUUCGGCGAAAAUAAUGGAAAAACUGAAUAGUUUGUCAUUUAACACCAUCAAUCGAAUUGUAACUACUGUUGAUUCUCAACCAAUGCCAGAUGGGGGAAUUUUGAUCAACGUUGUUGGAAGAUUAAAGGCCGAUGACGAUCCACCGCAUUCUUUCUCUCAAGUCUUUGUCCUAAAAUCAAAUGGAAAUAACUUUUUCUGUCAACAUGACAUCUUCCGUCUUGACAUUCACGAUUCAGCUUAAUGAAAAAUGAAGCACUUUCAUUCAUUGAUGCCGAAACGGAAUAUUCAUAUCGAAUUAAUUUUAAAAAACAAAUAAGUGAGCUUCUCAGGUCAAUUUUUUUUAUUGCACACAGUAUUCACGAAAGAUUCCAUAAUUUUUUUUUUUUAAUGCAAUCACACAUCAUGAACAUUGUUUUUUUAUAAACAAUUUUAAAUAUAAAUAAUUUACUGCUUGAUUAUUCACAAUAAUAGAUUAAAAACAAGUUAUAUACAAAAUGCGAAUAUUAAUAUAGAAUCCACUUGAAUUGUCAUAAGAAACUAUUUUUUUAAUUAAACCACAUUUUUCUAACCAUUAAAAA